UUUUGCAUGCAGGACUCAUCCGGCCAUCCACUUCGCCGUACGGUGCCCCAGUACUCUUCACACCGAACCGGACGGAAGCCUGCGAUGUGCAUCGACUACCGAGCUCUUAACAAGCAGACCAUCAAGAACAAGUAUCCGAUACCACGAAUCGAUGACCUGCUUGACCAGCUUCGGGGAGCUACGGUAUUUUCCAAACUGGAUCUGCGGUCCGGAUACUGGCAGAUACGGAUGGCGGACAACUCUAUCCACAAAACUGCUUUCCGAACUCGGUACGGAUCGUACGAGUAUUUGGUAAUGCCGUUCGGACUCACUAACGCACCGGCAACGUUCCAAGCCGAAAUGAACCACAUUCUACGACCACUUCUGGACGAAUGCGUGGUGGUGUACCUGGACGACAUACUCAUCUACUCGCGCGACAUGAAGCAGCACGUCGAACACCGCGACGCGUCUUCGAAAUUCUUCGACGGAACGAUUCUACGUCAAACUAUCCAAGAGCGAAUUCGCCCUGGAGAAGGUCCAAUUUCUAGGCCACAUGGUGAGCGCUCAAGGAGUUCACGUCGACCCAAGAAAAUCGAAGCGUACGUACGCCGUGGGUGCAGUCUUGAGCAAGACCAAGGGAAUGGACUGCAACCCAUUGCCUACCUCAGCAAGAAACUGCACGGGGCAGAACUCAACUACCCGAUACACGACAAAGAGGCUCUUGCUAUCAUCAUCGCCUUCAAAGCGUGGAGAUGCUAUCUCGAAGGACGAAGAACAACCGUCUACACCGACCACUGCAGCCUGAAAUAUUUGAAGACACAACCCAACCUUUCCAGGCGGCAGGUCCGGUGGAUCGACUUCCUCGAGACACACUUCCACUACGACAUCGUGUACAAGCCCGGCCACAAGAACAAAGCAGACGCGCUCAGCCGGCCUGCACACGUUGCCGCGAUUCAGGUCGAAGGGAUGAAUCCACUACUCAAGGGACUCUUCACACACGGGUACGCCAUCGACCCCGAAAUUUCCUUGGCAGAAAAGCGACAUCUGCUACAGUGGGACAGUGACAUCGCGUACCGGAAGGGAUCAACAAAAAUCUGGGUACCCAAUUACCCUCCUUUGCGCCAGUUACUACUCGAAGAAUACCACGAAGUCCUCUACGCCGGACACUUCGGUAGCAACAAGACGCUGACCGGUAUUGCAAAGCACUACUACUGGCCCCACUUAGCAGAAGAUGUCCAGAAAUUGGUCACCUCGUGUGAUACAUGUCAGCGGAUGAAGAGCAGCAAGCAGAAAAAGGCGGGACUACUGCAGCCUCUUCCUGUCCCAGAACAACCAUGGCAAGUGGUUAGCCUAGACUUCAUCACCGGGUUACCACCUACCUCCAGCGGUCAUGACGCCAUCCUUGUCGUCAUUGACAAGUUCUCCAAAAUGGGACACUUCAUCCCGACACACACGACGGCACGCACCGAGGAGACAGCACAGCUCUUCGUUCGUCACAUCAUCUCACAACAUGGCAUCCCAACUACACUCAUCUCCGACCGAGACCCCAAGUUCACUAGCAAGUUCUGGAAGGAACUUAUGUCUCUGCUCGGCACCAAACUCGCCAUGUCAUCCGCAUACCAUCCGCAGACAGACGGACAGACCGAGCGCCUCAACCAAAUUGUUGAGCAACUCCUCCGAGCAGCCUGCAAGGACGACAUCUCCAAAUGGGACUUGCACCUACCCGUCCUGGAGUUUGCCUACAACAACGCUACACACGCCGCUACGGGACAGACGCCGUUCUUCCUCUGCUACGGACGCCACCCACUCACACCACAGAAACCGACAACACCAGCAACAGUCCAACCUGCACACGACUUCAUCACAACCAUGCAUCAGCUUUGGGAUCGGACCCAUAAGCGCCUCCUUGACAUUCAACAGCAACAGAAGCGCCAGGCCGAUCGCCAUCGCAACGACCACACCAUUUCCGUGGGAGACCAGGUUCUCCUUGACACCCGCAACCUGGACAUCAGCCAUCUCCCAUCUAAACUUCGACCUCGCUUCUGCGGGCCUUUUCUCGUUGAAGCACAGGUCACUCCUGUUACCUUCCGCUUACGCCUACCAGCUACCUGGAAGAUUCACAACGCCUUCCAUGUCCAACUUCUGAAGCCCUAUCGAGAUCCUAAUACGAUCUUCGUCGGACGCCAACCGCCGCCGCCGCCACCCGUCCUCGUCCAAAAUGAACCCGAGUACGAGGUCGAGUCCGUGCUUGCACACCGCCGUCGUCGGAAUGGCACCGUGGAGCUUCUUAUUCGUUGGAAGGGCUAUGAUCCUUCUGAGGACAGCUGGGUCUCUGAGACCGACAUGGGUAACGCCCGUCGUCCUCUGCAUGACUACCUUGUCAAGCAGGGUGUUACUUCUACCACCCAGCUUUGAGGGGGGAAGUGUGAGAGUACG